UCCAGCCUAGUGCCAGUGUGUGCCCGGGAGCGGACAUGGCGGUCCUUGGAGUGCAGCUGGUGGUGACUCUGUUCACUGCCACCCUCAUGCACAGGAUGGCCCCACACUGCUCCUUCGCCCGCUGGCUGCUCUGCAAUGGCAGUCUGUUCCGGUACAUACACCCGUCAGAGGAGGAACUGCGGGCGCUGGCAGGGAAACUGAGGCCCCGGGGCAGGAAGGAGCGGUGGACAAAUGGUCUUCAUGAUGAGAAGCCAUUGUCAGUGCCUCGAGAUGCCCAUUUCCAGCUGGAGACCUGUCCUCUCACUGCUGUGGAUGCCCUAGUCCUGCGGUUCUUUCUGGAAUACCAGUGGUUCGUCGACUUUGCUCUGUACUCGGUUGGUGUGUACCUCUUCACAGAGGCCUACUAUUUUGUGCUGGGCCCAGUCCAGGAGACCAACAUCGCAGUGUUCUGGUGCCUGCUCACUCUGGCCUUCUCUUUCAAGGUGUUCCUCAUGGUGACCCGGCUGUACUUCAGCACCAAGGAGGGCGGAGAGCGCUCAGUGUGCCUCUCCUUUGCCUUCCUCUUCCUCCUCUUGGCCAUGCUGGUGCAGGUGGUGCGUGAGGAGACCCUGGAGCUGGGCCUGGAGCCAGGCCUGGCCAGCAUGACCCAGCACCUGGAGCCUGUUCUGAAGAAGCAGGAUUGGGACUGGACACUCCCUGUGAUCAAGUUGGUCAUCCGCCUUGGACUGGUGGUGCUAGGCUCCUUGCUAGGUGCCUUCCUCACUUUCCCUGGCCUGAGGCUGGCCCAGACCCACCAGGACGCGCUGACUCUGUCUGCGGACCGACCACUGCUACAGCUGCUCCUGCACACCAGCUUCCUGUCGCCACUGUGCACCUUGUGGCUCUGGACGAGGCCUGUUGCCCGGGACUUCCUGUACCAGGCACCCAUGAGGAAUAUGACCUUCUCUGUACCAUCGGAAGGGACUUUCGACUCUCUGCGCCUCUGGGUGCUGGUAUCUCUGUGCCUCUUGCGGCUGGCAGUGACCCGGCCACACCUGCAGGCCUACCUGUGCCUGGCCAAGGCUCGAGUGGAGCAGCUACGCAAGGAGGCUGGCCGUAUUGAGGCCCGUGAAAUCCAGCAACGGGUGGUUCGGGUCUACUGCUACGUGACCGUGGUGAGCCUGCAGUAUCUGACGCCGCUUAUCCUCACUCUGCACUGCACACUGCUGCUCAAGACUCUGGGCGGCUACUCUUGGGCCCUGAGCUCUACUCCUCCUCCACUGGCCCCACCCCAGCCCUCAGAGGCUUUGAUCCCUGCAGACCCUGCAGGAGAUGAGGCCCAGCAGACUGUUGCCCAGGUUGCAGGGAUCCUGGGUGGCCUGCUCACCCCCCUCUUCCUCCGAGGAGUGCUGGCCUACAUUAUCUGGUGGACUGCUGCCUGCCAGCUGCUCUCCAGCCUCUUCGGCCUCUAUCUCCACCAGCACCUGACGGCCUCUUAGCAUGAAGGCACUAGGCUCGAGCAUCUGAUUCCUGCCCACCAGGACUGGGACUGUCCCCUAUGUGUGUGCCUUGGUGCCCCUAGAUGACCUAAUGGUUGGUGUGGGGACUCCUGACCAUCUCUCUCACCUCAGUGCCUAGAUCAUGAACCCCUUUAAGCAGUCUCCCCUGGGCCAUGGUUCCCGAGUGUGUGUAUGGGAGGCAUGUUUAACGGAAAUAUCCCAGAGACUGGGGAGAUGAGCAGGGGAGACCUGGACGGUGAGAGGGGCCUGGGAGAGAGCGGUGCUAGCAAGGAGGUCAGAGGAGAGAGCUAGGGGUGGGACUCUGUCCCAGCAUCCACAUAGCCCUGGCAUCUGUCACUAUCACCAGGAGGGAGAGACAAGAGUCUCCAAGCCUGUCUCUCCCCAGCUCUCUUGGGAGGCUGAAGCAGGAGGGUUGGCCUAGACUAGUAACAAGACUAUGUCUGUAGAACAAGGGGGAAAAAAGGGAAGGCAUGAAGGGGGGGAGGGGAGAUUGUCACCACCCCCCAAAGCUGUGACGGUGACUGCUGUCAUGGAUUUUGAGGCCUUGGUGACUAAGGGUUACCUCCAACUCCAAAGUUGUCCUUUUGCUAUGACUUAGUGUGUGUACAUGUGUAUUUAUGAGAUAUGCAUGACCUCCUACAUAUGUAAAAUGUGUAUUGAGAAUAAAAAGGAGGGCUCCUGCAUUGCUGCCUUACCAUGUGGCCAGUGUGGUCUGAUUCAGUCAUGUUCCAGAGCCAGUGCUCAGUCAUAGCCUUGGGCCUCCAGGUCUCACUGUGGGGAAGAUACCUGGUCUCUGCUUGUGAACACAGGUGCUGUGAUACAGUAGGUACAUGUGUGAGAGCAGAGAUCAGAGGUCAACUUAGCAUGCAGAUCCUGGCCUUCGACCUUGAGACAGGGUCUCUUGUUUACCCCGAAUCCCUCAGGUCGGCUGUCCAAGCUUCAGGGAGUCUCUGGUCUCCUUCCCACCUUGCAGUAGGAGUGCUAGGAUUAUAGACUUGUGCUGCUGUCCCACUUUAUGUGGGUUCUGGGGACUUGAACUCAGGUUUUCAUGACUGCAGCAAGUAUGGCUGACAUGUGUGGUAUGAAUCAACAGGAUUCUCUGGAAGGUCUAUCUGGAGUCUCUGCCUCCCAAACCUACCCUGACAAGGGCUGUAGGAGCUUGUGGAAGUCCCAGGGGACUGGGGGAUGGGCAAGGAAAGGCUCUGCUCUGUGGAUUGCAAAUGUAGGGCAUAUGCCUCAUAGGGUCGCGCCUCAGACACUUGGCUGAGGGCUGACUGGGGCCUGGACUGGGGUCCGGCAGCCGCCUGUUUGCAGAGCAUGGUGGAGCAGGGCUGAUGACUCCAGAGGCCAGCAGUGCUAUGCAAGAACUAGAAGCCAGCCUGGAUUAUAUAUUUGAGAUAUGUAAAUAAAUCUGAGGCAUUUUGUUGUUGGCAGAUUUAGCUACAUGGUUACUGUA